UGCGGCGGCGGAUCGGGGCCGGGGGGGUCCCCGGCUGGGGGGGGGCGUGGUGGAGGUCCCGGCUGGGGCGGUUUGCGGGGUGUCGGGAGGAGCGCCCCCGCUCCGGCUGGGGCCAGUGGCCACGACAUGCGGUCGGGCUGGGACCUGGAGCGAGCAGACCGGUGCUCUGGCAUCGCGCCGGCACUGUUUGCGUCCCCGGGUUGUGGGGGGCUUCGUCGUCCCCCGCCCGAGAGCCGCCGUCUCGCUUGCUGUUUGGAAACGUUUUAG